CUGCCGCUCUUGGCUCUUUAUAUCCGACUCGCUCGUUUGAAGUCACCAAUGCUCAAUUCCGUGUUGGAGGUGUCGCUUCGAACGAAUCAAGGUCGAGAUAAAGAAGCAGAUCAAGCCAUCCACCCCCAUCCCCUCAAGGAGCUUGCAUAGCUUUGCAUGCCUACAUACGACAGCAAACAAACCAGGUCCUAAAAUCAGUCCCUUGUCAGCUCACCUCACCUCACCCCGGACGUCCGAUCCCUCCUCAACAACUCGGUACCUACAUAGUACCAUAUCUACCCUCCUAUCAUCCCAUUAUCCCCUCGCUCUCUUUGUUCUUUUUCUUGUUUCUACUUGUAUCCAGCCAUUGGACCUUCUAUCAAACCUUAGAACUCCAUCAUCGUCAUAGCAUCUCACAGUGUUUUACCUACCAAAGUCCUACAACAUGGCCGCCGGUCCCCGCCUUACAGGUCCAGCUGCAAAGCUCGCCCGCUCCAUUACCACCACAGCUACGGCUUCUCAGUCGAGUUCGCUUCUCACAAGCACCAAGAGCACAACCGCUCCUCUAUCCAGGAAAUAUGCAGAGCUCCUCAAGGAGAGGAAUAUAGAUCCGGAUCACCCCCGUCAUCUCUACACCCGGUCAUCCAACCGCCCGCACCCCCCACCACGCACGAUGCGCCUGAUGCAAACCUUCACCACGAGCGCGCCUAAAGCGGCCCUCGCCAACACCACCACCAUGGACCAGAUUAUCUUCCCGGGCUCCGCCUCGCUCGACGGAUCGCGCGACGACCCGUUCGCGCACCUCCGCGUCCCCCUGCUCCCCGACAAUUCCGCGACGCACCACACCCCCGACGUCGCCGACGGCCCCAUCGCCCCGGCCCAGAUCAGCAUCGUCGCCGCGAACCCGGAGCUCGUCUCCCCAUCCGCGCUCACCGAGGUCGAGGGCAUGGGCAUCGACGGCGUUGAGUUGAAGUUCGCCCACGAGGAAGCGCAAUCGGAACAGGAGCAUGGCACGCUCACGGAUAUCUGGAAGGGCCUCGUCGACGACGUGCUCGGUAGUGGUAGUAGUAGUAGGAGUAAAACCAAUGUUGCUCUUUAACACGCCAGUCGUUUAACUGUUUAACGACCCGUCACGAAACUUGCAAUUGGUUUUAGCGAAGAGGAGGAGGGCUCUUGUUUCUGAUUUUCUUCAAUGGCUUGAUUCGAGCUCUGUCUGGGAAAUUUUGGACAGCGAGCGUCGCGCGGUUCUGGAAGUGCUUCGGGACCGGUUUGGAUAUGUGAUUUAAUUGUACCUUUGGUUUUGUUGUUUUACGUUGGCGAGAGCGAGAUCGAGAUUGGCUCCGUUUUCACGCGGAGCAGAGAACGUACCUAUAUCUAGGAUACGCAAAUAAAACCCGAGAGGCGACAUUGUCGAGUCGCCGAGUAAGAGGGGCCUUUGUCGUAUGCAGUUCCAUAUAAAUGUGUACAUGUGAGCUAACACUUCCAGGCCCAAUUAAGUAAAUACCUUAGCUGAGAUGUAAGCAUUCGUCAAGUAUACUGCAUGAAGCAAUGUCAUACUAGACAUACCUUAUAUGACUUAAG